GCCAUGAUUGGGACAUCUCUUCUUCAUCCUUUCACUUCACUUCAUUCUCAACAUCAGACCAUCAGACCAUCAACCCAUUCAUCUAUUGACCAGUUCACCCAAUUCACCCAAUUCGCCUAACUCAUCUAAAUAUCCAUCCAUCAGAGAAAGAAUAAAUAGAGACCAGUUAACAGGUUCAGCAAGAGUUAAACCUGAACCUCUAUUUAAACACCAACGUAACCGCAGCACACCAAUCACCGUUUUCAUUUGGCAAAGACAUGACAGAACAUGUCCUCCAACACGCCCCAGGAGCAUUCACCAGAAUCUAGGACCAGCUGGUCCGAGAUCGAAGACCACAUCUUAAAGCAGGGUGUCGCUCGACAUGGCGUGAACCACUGGGACGAUGUUGCACAAAUGAUCUGGACACGCCGAAGCACCGAGGAGUGCCGGGCACGUUGGGCACAACUUCUUCCCAUUCUCCAUGACGACCUGGCUCGACAAGAAUCCGACCUCGAAAGGCAACGACAACAGCAUCGGAACAGGAGCUUGACGACGCCAGAACUAAAUCGUAGCAAAUCGAUAGAGAUGAACGAAAGCGUGCGAGUCGAGCUCCCGUUACUGCCGUUAUCCCCGGCCACACAGGUCGAACCGACAGAAAUAGUCGCUGAGGAAGCCAGUCAUAGGAAUGGGACACGAGUUAUCCCUCGUCCCCGGUCUCCUCUCCCAACAUCAUCCGCUCCAAUCCCCAUCCCAGCUCCACGACCGCCUCUGAGGAGGGGAACUGUCGAGGAUGAUCUUCAAUACCAUCACAGGUUGCGGAGUUUCACCGAGCCAGGAUUGCGACCACGUCCGCCGUCAAGUAUUCGCCCGCGACUAGAGCAGGAACCGCAGCAACCACGCGAGCUUCUGGCACCACACCCACUGAUGCCAGGGCGGCAUCGCAAGUCCUCAAGUUCCUCACGGGAAGCGGUGGGCUCAGGGUUGAAUUCGAGGAGAGGAAGUCGAGAUAUGCCUUCACCACUACAGCGUGUGCGAAAUUCUCUGUAUGACUCGGACACCCGCUCCAUCGACUAUACAGCCUUCUUCUAUCUUGAUUCUCAGCAGGACACUUUGAAGAAAGAGACAGAUCGAUUACGCCACGAAAAGACGCAGGACCAGCGUGCCGAGGUGAGGACGAAAGCUGACUGUAUCUGGUGA